AUGAGUCCAGCUCUCAUGGCCGACAGGAGAUACCGCCCGUUCCGAACCACAGCCACCCCAGCCACAGUCACCGCUACCGCUACCGCAGUCACUCCCGCCGGUGCAGGCACGGGCACAAGUGAAGUCACUGGCACCACUGCAGUCUCCGGCUCGAGUGCAGCCUCGAGCACGAGUGCACUAACCGCCACGGGCAUAACCGCCACGGGCAUAACCGCCACGGGCAUAACUGCCACUGGCAUAACUGCCGCGGGCACGCGAGAGAGUACAGCCGCGGGCUCGCGAGAGAGCACUGCCGGGUUCGGCAGCACGGCAGGUUUGGGCCGAGCUGUGGGCCGAGCUGUGCAGCCAGGGUCGCCGGGAGUAUCAUUGCCGCCGCGGGGCGAGGUGAGGUGCAGAUGUUGCGCAAGUGUGUACAAUGGCGAAUUGAACCGUGUGGGGCUACCGCACGGGUUCGGGACAUUGGAGAACGCCGCGCUCGACUACAAGUACGUAGGCCGAUUUCGCGGCGGACGACGCUGCGGCGAGGGUCAGGUCGCUCUCAAGGACGGACAAAUUCUCCUCAAAGGGAACUUCAGUGAUGGGGCGCUGCAACGUAGCGGCGUCCUCCACGCCACUACCACCCUCGGAUUUAAA